CACUCUUAGUUAGCUUACCAUUGAACUGGCUAAUUCUAGUCAACGUUAACGUCAGUAUAAUUAGCUAUUGUUAGCUAAGGCUAACAGGGCAUAAACCUUACUUUGGCGUAACUUUGCUAGCUAAGGUGAGUAUAUUACUAUCCGUUUACCCUAAUGGACAUGGGACUGUACUGGAAGCUUUGGGAAUGUUUGGAAAACCGACCGCGUAAGCGCCAAUGACUCAUAAAGUUAACCAUAGCUGAAGUUGAAUGAUUAACGUUAACUAAUAGUUACGCAUCAACCUGUUUUGAAUUGACAAAGGAUUAUCCGUAUUCAUUUGUUUGUUAGCCAGCGUUUCUGAAGGGGUCACACUGGUUAUUUUGAGCUAUGGAUCCAAGGGUUUCAGAUCAUCAGACGUCUUCAAGGAGUGCUCAUGCUUCGCUUGGGUCCUCUGACUCAGCUGGGUCUCAAACUAGGCGUUUUCCCCCUGUCUUUACCAGCCAGCCGCGGUGCUCUUUUGUCUGGGUGAAAACACACAGUUCUGUGUAUCUUCUGGACUUACACGUCAUCGCUGGAGCUAUAGUUGCAGGCAACAUGGGGACACAAGGCUCUGGUAGAAAGCGUGCUCCACUGAAAGACCGCUUCUCAGCAGAAGAUGAAGCCUUGAGUAGCAUAGCCCGGGAGGCGGAGGCGAGGCUUGCAGCCAAGCGGGCGGCUCGGGCCGAGGCCAGGGAUAUUCGAAUGAGGGAACUUGAACGGCAGCAAAAAGAGCGUUCUUACCACACGUCAUCCAGCAGUAGCAACAAAAAAUGGGGUCAGAUCCACCAGUGGAUGGCUGACUCAGACAAAGCCAGAGGCUCUAGUAGUAGUAUAUCCAGCAGCAGCAGUCAUCGCCGGGUCUGUAUCUCCCCAACACACUUCCUCUUUGUCUGUAUUUCCUGUCUUCUUUCCUCUUUAAUUCUGCACUUAAUAACUCAUCACACAUGUUCCUCUCUCUGUCUGCCUUUCUGCUGUGACUCCAUGUUUCCACAUGGGCAGGGGCUGGAUGAUGAUGUCAUGUCGGUCCGCAGCUACAGGUCAACCUCAUCAUCAGUACGGGACGUUGGGUCUAAGAGUCGAUCCAGUUCCCUUAGAAGAGAUCCGUUGUCUGAUGCCCUCUCCACUAGCUCCGCCCUCAAGACUUCCCGCUCCACUAGUUCUGUGUACAAUGACCUGCAAGGCCAUAAAAGGUCUUCAUCCAGCUCCUCGAGGAAGGACCUCCUGGCUGGACUUUACCACGAUCAAAGGAACUACACCAGCCUCACGAAGACCAAACCAACGCCUCCGUCCUCCACCUCCACCUCCACUUCCACCUAUACUCCUCGGGCCACCACUUCCUCCUCCUCCUCCACCACUGGCACGGCGCUGCCUCGUAGCUACAGCAUGGCCUCUAUUGGCGACGACGCCGGCCUUUACGGCUCGGGGCAAAGUUCAAGAGCCCCCUCUGAAUUGAGCUGGUACUCCUCUGGAGCCGGCUCCACCCGCAGCAGCCCUGUGUCUUCUUCAGAUGAUGACACUGUCAGCAGCGUGUCCCAGGAGCGUGUCAACCGAGGCCGCAGGGACAGUGUGUCGUCUGACUUCUCCGACAUUAGUGAGUCGGCUGCUGAUUAUUUCAGCCGCACCAACCGAAGAGGCAGUAUUGUGUCUGACCUCGAUGAUCUGAGCAUUCCAGAUCUUGACAGUCUGGAUGAAAAAUGUGACAAGCAGUAUUCAGAUUUUAGUCGGCCAUCCUCCCGAUGCGCCACCCCAGGCCUCUCAGUGGCCGCGUUGGCGUCGCUGGGCGGCUCGUCGUCACGGCGGGGCAGCACGGACACGGGGAGCAUCUAUGACGCCGACACCAGUCUGAGUGAACUUAGGGAUAUCUAUGAACUUAAGGACCAGAUUCAGGAUGUAGAAGGGCGGUACAUGCAAGGGCUUAAAGAGCUGAAGGAGUCACUUGCAGAGGUGGAGGAGAAGUAUAAGAAAGCCAUGGUAUCGAACGCACAGCUGGACAACGACAAAGGCAACUUCAUCUACCAGGUGGACACACUAAAGGACGUCAUCGAGGAGAUGGAGGAACAAAUGUCCGAGAUGAAGAGGGAGCUGGAAGACAAGUCAAAGGACCUAGAAAGACAAAAGCACACGUGUUCGGUCCUGCAGCAUAAACAAGACGAGCUGAAAGAGGGAAUCCGCCAGAGAGAUGAGCUUAUAGAGGAGAGCCAGCGAAUGCAGACUAAGUUAGACGCCCUCACCAGAGAGGUGUUUGACCUGCAGGAAACCAUAAACUGGAAGGACAAAAAGAUCGGGGCCCUAGAGAGGCAGAAAGAGUACUUUGAUUGCGUUAGGAGUGAGAGAGACGAGCUCAGAGGUGAGCUUUCUGACAUCAAGGGGAAGGCCAAAGCAGGAGAGAAACACGGGCUGGUCAUCAUCCCCGACGGAACACCCAAUGGAGAUGUGAACCACGAGCCUCUGUCCUCGGGGAUCACGGUGGUCUCCCAGGAGGCCGCGCAGGUGCUGGAGUCUGCCGGGGAGGGUCCUUUGGAUGUCAGACUACGUAAGUUGGCGGAGGAGAAAGAUGAACUGUUGGCUCAGAUCAGGAAGCUGAAGAACCAGCUGGAGGAGGAGAGGCAGAAGCACUCAAAGAUGGACAGCGCAUACACAGACGGAGAGAGGAUGGAGAACGGUACAGACCUGCACAUCAUCGAGAUGCAGAGAGAUUCCAACAGACAGAUGAGUGAAUACAAAUUCAAGCUUUCUAAAGCAGAACAGGAAUUAGGAACAAUGGAACAAAAUAUCAACAGACUUGAAGGGCAAGUGUCCAGAUACAAGGCAUCAGCUGAUAGUUCAGAGAAAGUAGAAGACGAACUCAAAACAGAAAAACGGCGACUUCAACGAGAGCUGCGCAUGGCUCUGGAUAAGAACGAGGAGAUGGAGAUGACCAACAACCACCUAGUGAAGCGCCUGGAGAAGAUGAAGGCCAACAGGAACGCCCUCCUGUCGCAGCAGUGAGGCAGCGUCACCACAGAAGCCCUUAAACUCGCACCUCAGACCUCUGACUGCCAUAUUGUGUCUGGAGCACAUUUCCAUUUUUAGCCGUAACACUUUUGAGAUUUGUAGCUAACCAAAAACACUUUAAAAACGAAAAACAAGGUGUAGCACAGGCGACAAACGGAACUGUGUCUUCUCUUUUUUUGUUUAAAACGGAAGCGUUGGUUUUGCCUGGCAAGCCGCCGCUGCUUUGGGAGGAAUGACUCGGAAACAAACUAAUACAACUAUUAAGUUGCUGGGAGAUACAUCUGAGGAAAUCUCUAAUCACUACUUAAUCUUCAGAGCUUUGUACUGCGUCUUGUUAUCCACAGAUCUCCUCUCUGGCUGGGUGCUUGGCUGUACUCUUUGGUUUUUUUGAUAAGUUGCAUGAAUGAAUAUUAUGAUGCUUUUUAAACUUUUCAACUGUCACGGCUGCUCCGCCCCGCCGCACCUUCCCGGCUUCCCCUCACAGUGAAGUGCCUUUUCACACUCGGAGAUCGGGGGUCCGCACGGCUCCACGGAAAAAACAAUAAUCGUUUUAACAGGUACAGAAUGAUGUAUUUAAAAAAGGUGCAGUCAUUAUUUGCAAUGUAUGUAGAACCAACUGUGUCUGCUGCGGUUUCAUUGAACAUGUUCAAAUAUUUAAAAGAUUUCUUGAGAAUAAAUGUAAUUUACAGAACUGUG